AUGUUUAGCUGUGGUGGAAUGCGGCUGCAGGGGACGGCGUGUGUGUCGCCCACCCCCGGCGCGUAUGUUCUCGACGGCUGCGUGUUGAGCGGCGGGGCGGCGGUGUGCGUCUCCGCGGCGGACGACUCCCUGCGGCUUUUCGACGCCGCCACCGCCGCCGCGCUGUGGGCCUGCGCCGGGCACUUCACCGCCGCCGUGCGGGACGUGGCUGCCGGCGGGCCCGCCGCUCCGUCGCUGCUCCUCGCCGCGCAGGCCGACGCGGGGGUUCUCGUCGCCGACACCCGCCAGCAGCAGCCGGUCGUUUUUCUCGACGAGUUCACCGCGUCGGGGGCGCCGGGCGGAAGUGUCGCCAUCGCGCCGAGUGCGCGCAGCGUCGCCGUCGCCGUGGGCGGAGAUGUGCAUUUUGUAGACACCCGCACGUGGUGCAGCACACACUGCAUUCCGCGUAUGCACAUGGAUGAGAUCACACGCGUGCGGUUUCUCAAUGAUGAGGUGUACUGCUCAGCAGGGGAAGAUCAGAUGAUUAACUUCAUUCACGCCGAUCCACGUGUGCCGGAUGCGGAUAUACUUAUUCACGCCCUCAACUCUGGUGAAGUAGUGACAAAGAUGACAACACACACACAAUUAGAUCUUCUCACACUUGUAGGAUCCUGCGAAAACGCAUACAUCGCACCGCUUAACCUUGACACAGGUGACGUUGUGCGCCACGCGAGGCCUGAUCCCGCCGCCUAUCUCGUAGACUCUUGUGUACUCAGAGGUGAACUCUAUCAUGUCUGGGGAUCACGUGAUGAGGAGGGCAAUCCCGGUCCCAUUAGCAUUGUCAACGCCUACAACCCAACACGUGUCGUGCCGCUUCCACAACUGCACACUGAAAUUUGUCGCGUGGCCCUCAGUACUGGUGACUGUUUCAUCACAGGCGGUGAAGAUAAUAUAGUGGCAUUUUGGCGUGCCUCAACUGCGGAUAAUGAUCCGGAUGCCGCUGCCGCUGCCGCUGCUGUUGUUAAUGGCGCCCCACAACAUAAGGGAAUGGUGCCUCGACCCACUGCGAAGAGGUCGCUGCGAUCUAUACCGUACGCCAAGUGA